AUGUAUCAACAUCUCCGUAUCGCUCUUGAACAUGCUCAAGAACGAUUACAAUAUCGACAAGAACAAAGUAAUAUCCGUCGUCGUCGUCGAAAAACAAUUGAAAUAUGUUCAACCACAGUUGCUCAGGAUCCUGUAACAACAAAUGAUAAUCCAAAGGAGAAAGGGUCAAACGAUCAUCUCGAGAUGAUACAACAACUGUCAACUGAUCCUGAAGAAACAUUAGAUAUUGACGCUGAUUUCGAUCUUCUUUCACUUGAAGAGGAUACAACUGAACUUCCAUCUGGACUUAAUUCAUACUGUGAAGUGCCUUUUGAUGAUCAAGAUGAGCCACUCGCAUUAGAUGAUUUAUUCCCACCGAAUAACAAUCAAAAUAGUUCUUAUCUCCAUUCACAUACAACCAUCAAAACACACGAUUUUUGUAGACAAUUAAUUGAAAUUUUUAGAGAUGCUAAUAUUAGCAACGUCCAUUGUUCACGUUUUCUUCGGGUGAUUAAUGGAGUUCUUCCACAACCUCAUAAUUCACCAACAACAUUAAAAGCUUUAUAUAAUUCAAUGCAAGGUGUUCCAACUCGAUCUGGUGUAAAUUACAAACUGGUAGUUUAUGGACUUACUGGUGAUUACCCGGCAAUCAAGCUUGCAAUGAAACAUGUUAAUCAUCAAGGUUAUUGGUGUUAUUGGUUUUGCUACAUACAAGGUAUUCAUAUUGAUAACAAAAGACAAUAUUAUUUCCAAAAUGAACUUGUUCUUCGAUCAACAACUGAAUAUGCACAUUAUUCAGAGAAAGCAGAAAGAACAAACAAAAAUAUAUUUGGUCAUCUUGGUGUUUCUCCUCUUGCUACCGUUUUUAAUAUCCCUUUACCACGUUGUUUAAUUAUUGAUUAUAUGCAUGUGUCGCUUCUUCGUCAUACACGCACUGUUAUUCAAUAUCUUUAUCAAAAAUAUUUAAAACCGAAACAAAGAAAUGAGCUAGAUGAGGGUAGGUGUGGGAUGUGGGUGUGGGUGUGUGGGUGUGGGUGUGGGUGGGUGUUGGUCUUCUCUUCACCCACACACCACACCCAUAUCCCAUACCCACAUCCACCCACCCACACCCCACACCCACACCCCACACCUACACCCACACCCACAUCCUCACCCACACCCACACACCCACAUGCACACCCCACAACCACACCCAAAACGUUUUUCACAUUAAUACUUCAAAGUGUUUACUACAAAUAUAUUGUGAAAUAUUUUGUUCAAAAUAAUAUACAUUUGGAGAAAAACAAAGAACGAGUACAACACCCUCAAAUUUUUGUCCCUUGUCCAUCCUCGCGUUACGCUGUAUAUUUUUGCUAUGAUUUUCAGAAUGCUUUGCUAAAUAAACUCAGAUUUACCGGAUUCCAAGAGUACAUAAGGAGACACAUCUUCUGACGAAAAAAUCAAAUUUCUAAGUGAUUUUGUUGCUGAGAAAAUUUGGAGACACAGCGGACAAAACGUCAUCGCGUUACGCUUGGACAAGCCGAUAUAUAUAUAUAUAUAUAUGAUAAUAAUGUCGGACGACUCGAUGAAAUAGAAAGAAAAUGUAGAGGUGGAAUCAAUGCAAACAUGAAAACAAAAAAAAAGAUGAGAAAAGAAAGAAGAGAAAAAAACACGGGAAAAGAAACGAUGAUGGUAUAUGUGAGGGCAAAGCCCGUAACAGUUUUCAAAGCAGAAUUCAGCAAGCAAUGAUAGAGGAGGAUCACAUUGGAAUCAGUCAAGGGUCAAGCAGGUUGUAACGUUAAACGUUAAUUGUUUCUAGCGUAGUUUUCAAUUUGAACAUCGUGAUCAUCAUUCUUCACCGUCUUCGAAAAGUUGAUAGAGUGGAUCGGUGAUUGCUAUUUUGUAAUAGAGUGUUUUCGUUUGAUAAUAGUCAAUUGUAGUUGAAUAUGAUCGAUUACAUCUUGCACGAGAUGAGCUCGUUCGACUUCAGCGCCACACGUUCGAUUUUCUAAAG